UCGCUSCUACAAUCAAACCUCCUUCACAAAAAGAGUAUAGASAGAAAAAAGGAGAAAUGCUGACUUUGGAUUGUGUAGCGGAAGGCAACCCAAUACCCACAAUCCUUUGGGARAAAGACAACACCUCGAUCAAGAGUAGUCCAUUCGUCAAGAUACAAGGCCCCUUGUUAGUCAUUGAAAAACUAAGGCCAGAUGAUGCUGGGGAAUACAAGUGCUUUGCUUCGAACAGUAAAGGGACUGACGUAAUGACAAUAGGAGUAAAAGUGCUGUAUAUUUCUGAUGUUAUAAUAGCAAUAUCCAAACGCGGUAGUGACAUUGCAACGGCUGUAGUGAAAGAGGGCGAUAAUGUCGACAUUACGUGUACGGCGGAGAGCUCCCCUCGACCUGUAAUAACUUUAAAGAAAAAUGGAGAAAGACUUCACAUCUCAUCUAUGCAGGAUCCUCUUGGGAAUCGAAGAUAUAAAAAAACCAUUUCGUUGUCCAAUGUUAAACGGAAAGUCAACGCUGGGAAGUACACUUGCACUGCGGAGAGUUCAGGAAAUACACCAAAGAAUUCAAGCAAAAUGCUGGAAAUUGAUUUUUCCAGUCCACCUACGUAUCCUCCUCCAAUGAAAUUGCGUAGAACGCCCGAGACUAUAUCCAUUCCAAUUCACAAGAUACGUUAUCUAAAGAACGGUAUGGAAGUCAAGUAUGUGCAAAUAGUAGUUUUAGAACUGCCCGAUGACSUUAUGCCAAAGCGGCCAUCCAAUGCCUUCAAAGACAAUGAGCUUGGUCCAUAUAAGGGCAAUAGAAGCAUUCCAUACAUAGCAGGCGUCAUGAACGUAGAUGACACCAAAGACUUUGUGAUAGGAGACGGCAAAACGUCCUUUAUGCGAGGGCGAGCAAGACGUCAGAUUGGAGGCUCUCAGAAGUAUCAUAACGUACCUCUUCGCCCAAACAAGUACUACACAGCUUUUCAACGCAUGGUCGCUAAAGACACCAUCAACUAUAACUCUUUACCAUGGAUCCAUCCCACUAAGACGAUACAGACACCCACCCACCAYCCCMCMCACAGUAAUWAUAACAUYAUYAUUGGCUGUGUGAUUGGUAUCUUGGUUAUWYUGAUUAUCGCUGUGGUUGCGUUUGCGAUUCAUUAUUACGUCAAAAAGAAGCGACAAAAUCAAUCGAUUCGUAGCGAGAAAUAUGAAAUUAACGGCAUGGGACCACUGGGGAAAAUGGCUCGUACUUUCUCAAUGCAUAUGGCAAGAAUAAACGAACACUACCACCCACCAAACCCAAUCCCCGUCGAUGAGUUCCCGCAGCAUGUCACGCGCAUGCACAAAAGCGGUGACAUGCUGUUUUCAACCGAAUACGAACGCAUACGCGACGACCACAGCAUUCCCGCCACUCAUAGCAUCGAUCCCAACAACCAAUGGAAGAACMGAUUCACUAAUAUCGUAACGUACGAUCAUAAUCGCGUCAAACUGAUUCCCUUYGAUGAUGAGCCGGCUUCUGACUACAUCAAUGCGAGCUAUAUUGAUGGUUACGAGGGGGUGACAUAUAUCGCCACACAAGGACCGCUGGAUGAAACKUGUGGAGAUUUCUGGCGCAUGGUGUGGGAACAGGAAACUAAAGUUAUUGUCAUGCUAACUAAUCUGCGAGAACGAGGUCGUCCCAAAUGCUUUCAAUACUGGCCUUCAUCCGGAUCAUUCAAAUUCGAAGGAGCUCUCGUCACAUUGGUKGAUCAAAUCGAGCUUUCUUCUCAUACAAUACGCGUGUUGCGUUUGUCAAUGUCGGAUUCGGAUGAGACUCGUUUAAUAAAGCAAUUCCACUUCACUAGUUGGCCUGAUCAUGGCGUCCCAAGGAGCGUAGCAUUUCUCUUGUCUUUUGUCCGAGAGACUGUCAGAGCAAACCCUUCCGAUGCAGGACCRAUGGUUGUGCAUUGCAGCGCYGGAGUCGGUCGUACCGGAACUUUCAUCGUAAUCGACACGAUGCUUCGACAAAUCGCUAAAGAAAAGACCGUCGAUAUCUUUCAUUACGUCAUUCAAUUACGCAAACAGCGUAAUCUAAUGGUGCAGACCGAACAACAAUACAUAUUCAUACACGAUGCUUUAUAUGACGUAAUAGUAAGUGGAGACACAGAGAUACAUGCAAGCAAGAUUAGGUCACAUGUCGAAGAUCUGACGGAGCUAACACAAGAAUCUGACGAACCAACAUUAGCGAAGGAGUUCCAACGAUUGCUUCUCGGAGUGAAACCCCGUUUAACGGCAUCCGAAGCCAAACAUUCAGCAAACAAACACAAAAAUCGUUACCACAACACGUUUCCUUACGACGAUACUCGCGUUCAACUGUCUGUCCAAGUGGCUGUUACUGGCUCGGAUUACAUUAACGCUAGCUUCAUCGACGGAUACAGAAAGAAGAAGGCCUUCAUUGCAACUCAAGCACCUCUGCCGGAGACGUUUUCUGACUUUUGGAGGAUGGUAUGGGAACAGGAAUGCUUUACGAUUGUCACUCUUGCUCAGGAAAUGGAAAAUACUAAGCAAAAAAUGGAUCGCUAUUGGCCAACUUCUCAUCCAAUCACGUACGGAAAUCUUCAAGUUGAAUUGAUAGAAGAAGAAAAGAAGGAAAGCUUUGAUAUUAGGGUUUUUAAAAUUACAAAUAACCAGGACGAGUCCAGUCGUUCUCUUCGACAGUAUCACUUCAUGGAGUGGACAUCUGAUGAYAUCACGGACUCUGAGAGCGGCCUAUUGAGUAUGAUUGGUGAGAUAGGAACAUGGCAACAAGAAUCAGGAAACCACGUAAUCACAGUACAUUGCAGUGCUGGCGUGGGUCGAACUGGUGUGUUCUGUGCUGUUUGUUCAUUGAUUGAAAGACUAAAAGCUGAAGCCCUCGUGGACGUCUUUACUACUGUCAAACUAUUACGAGAACAAAGACCAGCUAUGGUACAAACAAAGAUUCAGUACGAGUACUGCUACAGGGUACUACUCGUGUAUCUUGACAUGCACAGUUCUCUGGAGCAACUUCAAUCGUGUCCCGUGGACGUUGUUGAAUUACAAACAGCACGAACACCAACUAAAUCACUUGAUAGCGAUAAGGAAUGCAAUCACGUGACUUUUGAGCUUGCUGAACAUGACCAACAAGAAGUUGAGAGUGAURAUCAAACUGAGGAAAGCGAACCAAAUGGAAAUGAAAAAGAAACAGCGGAUAUGAACAAUGAAGAAAGUAGUGACAUGAUAGUUCAAGGUGGCGAUGUAGAGCCUGUGCCUUCAGUAUCAAUUGAAGAAAACAGUUCUACUGUCACUAAUUAAGUCCGAUUGAAUACAGAGGUGUCCGUAAUGCAGUGGUGUCCGUAAUAAAGAGGUUUCCGUUACCUAGACGAGCUAUAUGGCAUGUCUUAAUUUCUAUGGAAAUUUAUUCAAGAUGGCGACAGUUUUAUAUGUCUAUAUUUGUUAACAUUUCAGCUCGUAAAAUAUAAAUUUGAAUUAUUGUGAAAAACUAUACAUCAAGGAAAUAUUUCACUUUUAUCAUAUUAUAAUACUAACUUAUCAAUUAUAUUUUCAUUUGUAAAAUGUUUUAGAUGACUAAUUAAGUUAGUCACAAUCAAAGCUAAUUGUAGCUUCACCCGAGUGAACAACAAAAUUAAUGAUAAUUAGUAAU